UGAUUGAUGGGGCUGGUUGGCCCGGAGAGCGAGGAGCAGGUGUGGCCUCGCUGCCUGCUUAUCUGCAUAAUGUAAUAGUACUUCACGAUCCAGAGACUCAGCUGGGAGUCGGGGCUAAAUAACUUUAAGGAACCUUCCCUGGAAUUUGUGAAAAACAGAAAGCAAGAACAGGAAUAGCUGGGUGUUCCAUCAUGCCUGUCCCACCGCCUCCUCCUCCUCCUCCUCCUCCUCCUCCUCCUCCUCCUCCUCCCGCUCCUCCUGCGUUUGGGGCACCUCCUCCACUUCAGGGAAAUAGUGAGCCACCAAAACUACAGCGAGAUGAACAGAAAGGCCGGAAUGCACUGUUAGCUGAUAUUCAGAAAGGGGGGCGUCUGAAAAAAGUGACACAAAUCAACGAUCGUAGUGCACCAGCGAUCGACACUAAAGGGGCAGCUCGAGGUGCAGGUAGCAGUGCAGCCCCCGUGGGGGGAGGAGCAGCUCCUGCAGCCCCCUUGGGAGGCCUGUUUGCUGGAGGCUUCCCUGUCCUGAGACCUGCAGGACAGAGAGACAGUCCCGUUUCCAGACCAGCCCAUUCGCCUGGUGGCAUCAGAAAGCAAGCUCAAAGAUUUCCUGUUCCAGGCUGCAAUAACACAAAGCCUGCUGCCACCGCCUCCACUGCACCCGAGACUCCCAGGCCAGCAAAGCCUUUGGAUCCACCUUGUGCUUCUCGAGGGACCCCCAUCAGACCCAGCAUGCAAGCACCUCCUCCCCCUUCCCCUCCCCCUCCCCCUCCCCAUACCAAAUCUGUCGCCUGUGUGCCUCCCACCCCCUCUGUUCCGCUCCCUCCACCACCUUUCCAGGAGAGACCUAGCAAGACACUGCCUCCUCCUUCUGGUCCUCCUCCUCCUCCUCCUCCCCCUCAAAGUAACAAACCCACCUGGCUACAGAAUCAAUCCUCAACUCCUCCCCCUCCUCCACCUGCUAUGCCCCCUUCUGGUCUCCCUGACAGAUCAUCUGGGAGUUUCUCCUUCCCUCCCCCUCCCCCUCCCCCUCCUGCUAUGCCCCCUUCUGGUCUCCCUGACAGAUCAUCUGGGAGUUUCUCCUUCCCUCCACCUCCCCCUCCCCCUCCCCAUUCCCAUUCCCAUGAUAGCCAAGUCAGGGAUAGUAAUAAUUCACCACUGCCACCUCCACCACCGCCUCCCCCCUUUUCAUCUCUUGGGCCUUCCUGCAACAGGUCCUCUCCCAUGCCCCCUAGUGGCAACUGGGGUAGUGUGCACACACCACCUCCCAUGCCUCCCAAGCUACCACCAACUCCCUCUCAAGCCUCAAAGUCAGGCAUGUCUCUCCCUCCUCCUCCCCCUUUCACACCUCCCGUGGCUGGAUUUCCUAGGCGGCCACCUGAUGUACCAAGAGCCAGAGGCGGUGGAAGACAAGCCCCUCCUCCAGCACCACCUGCUCGAUCUCCAAACACAGAGCUGUCCAGCCGGAGUCAGAGCCCCGCCACCCCCGACUGGCCCCUAUGCCACCCCCCUCCCCCUCCCCCUCCCCCUCCCCCUCCACUUCACCCUCAGAAAAAUGGGCAGAUGCACAACUUUGAUGACUUUGAAUCAAAGUUUAACUUUCAUUCAAUGGAUGACUUUCCACCACCAGAUGAAUACAAGCCAUUUCCCAAAGUAUAUCCAAGCAAAGAGGCAAGAGUUAACUCAAAGCCACCUCCAUUAAGAACACUGGUGAGAUGAACAGAUUCAGUAGUGUAAAUACUGGGUUACAAAUGCACCACAGCAACAAGGAGACAGUCCUCACCUUGAAAGAGCGAAGCAUGGCGUCUCAUCCGAAAUCAUCCGAAAAUGUGUACUUCUUGGUAUUUUUAUAAAGGCUGCAUUUCUAUUACAACCCAUGUUUGAAGGUUUCCCCAAUAAGCAGAACUACUUAUUCCUGUGUCAUACAGAUGCCUUGUAUAACACUGUAUGCACCUGAACAGAACAAGCAAAAGGUGUCAGAACUAAACCACCCAGUAUUAUUUUCUGUUCUCCCAAGAGCCUGCAAUGCAAGGUCAUUUCUUAAUCAAUGUAUCCACCUUGUUACUCUUGAUUGUAAAACAUAAUAGAAAUAUAUUAGGUGAGGCACACUGACACAAGCAACGCACAAAUGACGAAAUCAUGAAUUAAAGCAGACAAACAAACACACAUGCAAUAAAUAUUGCAUAGUUUUUAAAAAAUGGUUUAAAUGGUAUCACCUGAAUGGGGUGCAGAGUAUGAGAUUUCACUGUGUUUUCUUACGGUCUUUUCCUGUGUUUUGGUUUGGGACCCUUAGCUAUAUUAAACUAGUAUUCAUUUACCGUCUGUGAAUGAAUACGUAAAACGGGUCUCGGGUUUGUUUGUCAAAUCUAUUCUAGGUAGAAUAAUCAAGAACGUGGUAAAGGGUAAUUUAUGAAGUUAAAAUACAAUACAGUGAUAGAGACUAAUAUUAAUGUUUAAAAUAUAUUAAAACAGGAAGUAACAUACAACUAAUGUUAAAUAAUGUGCAGUUCUUCUACUGAAGGUAGGUCUCGACAGAAUACCAGUAUGUUGUGUUGAAAUGUAAAAACUCAGGUAAAAUGUACAUCUGUAAAAUAGAUAGCAUUGCUGGUGUUUUAAAAGUACUGUCUUGUGUUUCUCACCAGAAAAGCAGAAAUGUAUGUCCUCGCUCUCAGCCAUGAGUGACCUGCUGUACAGAGAACACAUCUAAAAUAAGAAAUAGAAACAAUACAGAAAUAGAAACUGGUGUAGGGGUGACUGUGGCAGAAUUCUGAGGCAGCACUCACAUGUACAGGAGCCUGACAUUAUUCACACGUACCUGUGAGUUGUUGGCCUGUCACAUUUGUGAGAGAAACUCCCUUUUCACACUGUAACUGAGGCACUGCCCUUCAUUGGAUUGCAUUUAAAAUUGCCCAGAUGCCUAAAAAUAAUAACCUCCUUUGGAGACCGGUUAAUUCACUUUUUCCUGUACAGUAUCCUUUCCUUACCCUCGUUUCUUAUCACUCACAUGGUCUGUUUUAGGUUGUACAGUCCUCUCCAACAGAAGCGAGCAAACCCCCUGCGGUUGUAAACAAAUUCCUGAAAAAGUCAACACUGAUGAGGGUGAAAAGCACCUAAAAUUACUCGUGUGCAGAAUAUUUUGAAUAUCACUUCCUCUUAAACAUUUUUUAAAUGUACCUUCACUUCUGUUUGGGAUUGUAUUUUAUAGACACAGCCCCCCUCGUGACUUAAUUAUCUAAUUGCAGCAAAAAUAUAUAGUGUUUAAAAAUUACUUUUCAGACUUUAUGUAAAGCACAUAUAUAUAUUUUUGCUACUGCUGAAAUGUUAAGCUACUGCCCUUGGGAAUUAUCGUGUAUUUUUUAUGUAAUGUAUAACUGCCCGAACCAGUUGUUAAGGGUAUUUCUGUGAUUACGGGAGAUUUGAGGUCCUUGUCAAAUUCCAAGUUGGCUCAAAACAACAACAAAAAAAACUUUCACUGUCAAUUAAGUUCUAAUCAAAUUACAAGUUAUAAAUAUGGUUUGGGAAUAAAUCUAUCAAGAAAUGUAGUAAUUUGCAGAUGAGACCAAAGAACACAAGUCAUUCUAAUGGAUUAGUGUUUACAUGGUUAUCCUUACUCAAGUAUACACCAAAACUGGCUUUUAAGUAGUAGGUCUUCUGUUUUUUGGUUUUUAUUAAUUUCAUUUUUCGGUGCUUAUUUUUUAGCAAUUUGAGUUCUAUGUAAAUCGUUUUUUUUUUUUUUCUUCGGGGCUUUUAUGUUUUGUAUACUAUAUGAAAUUAUUGUUUUUGGUUACUUUCCAACAUUCUUGGCUGUUCUUUCCUGUCACAAUAUGUACAGUAACUUGACACACUUGUGCCUUCUUUCCGUUGCUGUCUUCCACAAUGAAAUCCUUAUGGUCACAGGCAUAUUCUUCUGGGGUUUGUGUGUGUUUAGGAAUUUUUUUUAAAUUUCACCACAAUUUGCAAUUGUGUUUUAAAUUCCACGAGUGUGUAAAUCAACCGUAUCGAACUGUAAUGUAGCUUUAAGUCUCAGUAGUUGGGGUGGGUUAAAGUAUUAAAAACGAAUCAAUGCGAGAUACAAGUCAGGAAGGAGGGACACUGCCCAACUGCACUGGGGAAGUAUUUUUUGUAGGUUAUUUUUUAUUUAUUUUUUCAUGGGUAAAAUGGUCAAGUCAACAUGAAUUGAGUCACCACUUUGAGUUUUUCCGGUGUUUAUUGGAUAUACACCGAUUUUAUUUUUUUGUAUCAAGGGGUAUUUAUGGGUUUUUAUUGGUUAAAACCAAAAGUUAGAAGCCCUACUUCUAAAUAAGUCCCAUGACUAACAGUAGUUACAUUGUGUAGAUAAGAGAUGUUUUUAACAUAAUACACCAGAAAUUGAAAGUAAUUUGAACAUUGUAUUAAAUAAAAAUCUAAAAUGCAGAUGUCUGGUUUUUUAAAACAUAGAUUACUGGUCUGUAAAUGAACAUCUUAUUUUGGGUCUUGUUGGACAUACUAACAGUAAUAAUCUAAAUGGCAUUUUCAGUGUAUAUUUGUAUUACUUUGUAAAUAGAGGCUAUCUUCACUAUAACGAACCCUUCUUAUAACGAACACCCAUUUUUAACGAUCCCAACAGCAAGAACUGAUCUUUUUCAAUGCAAAUUAGCCCUAUUAGAAUGAUCACGGUCCUCAAUCAUGUGUAGCAGGUUCCUGGAGCGGGACGCCUCAUUUAUAAGGCUAGCGCUCGCCCUGUGUAGCACCUUUUAUUUGUAGUUUUUGUACUGUGUUUUACUUUGCCUUUUGUACAGUCUCCUGUAUGUGUCCUCUGUGUGUUACCAACGUUUGUUUAUUUUCUGUUUUAUGUUUACUAAAUCCUGCGCGCCUGUGCCGGCGUUUCAACUCCAACCCAUGUCUGUCUUGCAAUGCCGUUACCCUCAUGUGACACGAGUAUCUUGUCACAAUACAGUUUAAAUGUUGAUCAGUGUGAAGGAAUCUUCAUAAAAGUACUAUACAUUGAUGUUCAAUUCAAA